GUGUCGAGCAAGCUAUCUACUGCUGACGAUCAAAGGAGAGUUUUGUGCAAAGCUGUAUUGUCUGCGAUUGGUUGGAAACUUAAACAUACCGUGGGAACGCCGUCACCACCCUACGUUCCAUGUGGGCUACCACAGUGGAUUAACUUCGCAGACUGGACACCCGUACAACAUUUAUUUCUCUGUCUCUCUUGCUCUCUCCUUCCCCGAAGUCUCUUUCUUCGAUUGUUGACUUAUCAUCCACCGACGGUUAGUUCGUGACAAGAAAGCUUCGAUUUUUCCCGCCGAGUGGCUUCGGGUCUCUCGCUGCUGUCUGUCCGGGCGGGAGCAAGGUAUCGCACAUUCCGACGCGGCAUGAGCGACGGGCCCCUUGCAAGUUUAGCCUCCGCGGAGGACCCCUAUUCCCUUGACAUGCAAGGAAGUAUGGAGGAGGAGGAGGAGGAGGAAGAUGACGAGGAUGACGAUGACGACGAAGAACGAAGGCGACAUCGAGCAGGUGAUCUAACAGUGUUAUGCGAUGACAGUGAGGAUUACCCUGGGUCUCGAGUGCCGACUCCUCCAUCGUCUGCUGGUCUACACCCUACUAAUACUAGUAACAGUCCAAGCAGCUGUGUACUGUCCCAGCUGGAUACUAACACGGAAUAUGACUCGUUACCCCCUGCCACACCUCACACGGGUCACGAUGAACCUGUCUACUAUAUUGGUAGCGGUGAAGCUCAUGGUUUACCCACCGCUAAACACGGCGAUGGACUUCUGCAACGUCUCGCCAUCCGAGCUAUCCAUCUCUACGCGUCCGAUACCGACGUCGAGACGAACCCGUCAUCGAGUCUCGAUGACAGUAGUAGCUUUGGACCAGAGCAUACAGGGCGGGAGGUUCGACUUCUGAUCAACGACAGCGAACCGUUGCUCCGAGUUGUCGAUCACAACACCGGCGCCAAGUUACUUGCCCUUAACUGGAACGGAGUUAAUAAAGUAUUUCUCACUCCAGCCUGUGGAGAGCAGAUCAUAGUGAUUUCUGUAGGGUCGCCAGUCUCGGCCAGUGGGACAACACAACUCCAGCAUGAUGUCGACUUUGUUUUCUUCGCCUGCGCGUCUCGACGACAGGUAAUUACUCUAUCAUAUUUUACUUAUACCCCUAUAUAACGGCGAAUAGCUUGGAUGUAAACAUGUCUUUUGUUUUAAUCAUAAUUUCGAAGGCCACUUGGUUUUCUUUUGUUUGUCGUU